GUCGUCAUCAUAGUUUUGCUUUGCGAAAAGCCUCUCGAACAGCCAAGAGGUCCUAGACGACGACAUCGGCAUGACCCAUUCGAGGUCUCAGCAUUACUGGCGACAGCUUAGAUGCGCACUGACUGCGGGACAAUGGGAUGCAAGCACGCCAGCGAGGGACUGGCAUCAACGACCGGUCUCAUGGUCGGAUCUCAUUCGCAAGUUCCUCAAGCACAACCCAGAGCAUCGCGAUGUAGCAGAGCUGGCGUCGCAAACCCAGGCCCUGUCCCUCUUGCUCUCGGCAAAUGCAAGCAGCCUCGACGGUAACGAUGUAGGGUCACAAGGACCACUGGCGUUGGGGGACGAGUGCGUGUUACCAGAGGAGAGGAUAGAGGAAGCGAGGGCAGGGUACGAUUCGUUGAAGCAGCUGGAUGCGAGUCGCUCGGAUUCCACGAAAGCGGCGCUGGCGUACUACGCCUUCGCUCUGCGGAAACCGUCCGAAUCCCUAAAAUAUCUAUCCCAAAUCCAGGACGUGGCAGAUGCUCAAGGUUUCAUCCCAUUUUCUGCGACCGGAACCGUUCGCUCGGCUGCGACGCUGCACGUCCCAGGAGCGAGCUCUGACACUUCUCUUUCCUCCUCAUGGACAGGCAGCUUCGUGUCUGCGCAGGCUGCCGCCUCAAUAGCGGAUAUCGACGAGGGGCGCGCUUGGUCGGCGGUGGAGCGUAUCCGGAGCAUAUGCUUGCAAGGCAUGUCCUGCGAGAUGCUGUACCCCAAUGACCUCGAGAAGGCGUUCUCCACUUAUCUCCUCACAUCCGGCAUCAUUUCUACUGCUGUCGCCGAGAUCCCUGCCUCCGUCCCCUCAUCCUCCACUGCCACACAAGCUCCUACAGCAUCUGAAAACAGCUCCUUCGCUCGCUACCGCGAGUUCUGGCGGUGGGCAGAGCGUGCCCUCCGCCGCGCGAUCGUGCUGGGAGCCCGAAUAUGCGACAUUGCGCGCAUGGACGGCCGCAACGGUUCCCUCUGGCAGCUCUUCCAGCAGUACCACGCAUGCUCCGCCCACUGGCCGCCCUUGUUCCGCCCAGAUCACCGUUCGGCGAUCGCGGUACUGUACUUGCGCGCCCUCAUUCUGCGAGCGCGCGCUGCAGUUCCCUCGAAAGGCGCGGAGCGAGGUUCGCAUCGUUGGAUGGGGACGGCGCGCUCAAUCGUGCAAGAGUAUAUGGCAAUCUUGAGCGUCUCGACGACGUUUCCGAAGGCAGGGGAGAGGAAUUGGAAGGUGGAGGACCUGGUGGACCUCUCUGUCGCCGCUUGGGAGGCGGACGGGGCUAUCGGGGAGUAUGCAGGCUGGGUCCUCGACGUGCUGUGGUGGGCAACACGCCUGACAUUCAACUCGUUCCGGGUAUUCCGCCACAUGAGCCGACUGUUCUAUGUCGGGGGCGACCCAGAUCUCGCGAAGCGCACCUUGCGCCUGUACAUUCAGAUCGUGAGCAAGGCGCGCGAGGCCAGCUUGGCUGAACAGUCUAACACAACAGCCGACGCGGAUGGCGCGUUUGGUGCGGGGGUGGACGUCGACACGGACGAGCUUUGGGUGCAGACGUGUGUUCUUGGCUCGCGGAUGCUGUCGCGGCUGGCUUUGGGGGAAGAUGUUGGCAAGGCGAUUGAGACUGCGCGCGAGGCGAGGGAGGUGCUGGAAAAGGGCAAGACGCGUCUGAAUCCGAAUGACAAGGAGCUUAUGGCGUGCUCUCAGUUGGCGGAGGCGAUCUGGCACAUAGCUACGGCUUACACAGAGCAGGACCCUCGGACAAGGACAAAACACUUCGACGAGUCGCUCGCACUACUCAACACAUCGCUGGAAACUAACCCUACCCCUUCUGCCCAUCAUCAUCUCGCCCUUGCGUACACUCGUCCCGGUGCAUCGCAGGAUCUGCAGGAAGCUAUCGUGCACGCUCGCGCGGCUGUCGAAGGCGAUUCCUCCGAACCACGACAUUGGCAUUUGCUCGGGCUCCUGCUUACCGCGACCGGCAAUUGGCGCGCGGCCAAGGAAGUCCUCGAGAUGGGCGUGAGUGCUUCCGACGCCGAUCUUGUUGACGACGAGCCCGAUAGCGUGUCGGCCAACGGUGACGCAGCUGCGAAUGGAGUUCAAGCGUAUGAUUUUGCCUACCCUCCAUCACCCAUGACGAACGGGCAGACUGUUACCGACGAGGCUGAGGCACCGUCUCCCCCUCGUCAGCCUGUGCGCUUGCUGGACAAGGACGCUACGGAGGUACCUUUGUCUUCGUCGUUACUCCAGCCGUUCGUCGAUCGCUCGGCCCCGACGAGGCAGGAUGCGUUCGAGCAGGCGCUUCAACUGAGAAUGACACAGCUUACGCUGACAGAGUUUGUGGAGGGUCCGGAAGGUACUGGCGACAAGUGGGUGGAGGUGUUCCAGUGGUUCUCGGAGCGGAGGCCUGUGGGUGCGGAUGAUCGGAGGAUGUCGAUCGACAGUCGGCGCUCUCAGGACAUCCGCCCGACAUCAAUGCUCUCGGGUGGUGUGCGACAAGAGGCCCGCGCAUCCGCCAUGUUUCCGCUACCCGAGGAGCAGCCCGAGAACGGGCUCGCCGCUCAGGAUCCCCCGAUACCGAUAAUGGUCACUCCUGCGUCGCCGAUGGGGCCAAGCCCAGCGUACUCUUCGGACCAGCUAAAUGGCGACCAUCAACUGCCCGUGACUAGCGCUCAUGAGGCUCAACCAUCCGAGAAGUCUCGUUUGUCAACUGAUACGAACCGUGGUAAGGGCAAGAAGGUGCGGGAGGUGUUCAUAAGCGGGGUACACAAGGGCCGUGCACGCGUCACCACGAUCUCGAAGAAGAUCGGGCAUAAUGUGCAGCAUGUUGGGAGACACCAUGGGGUCCACCUCAAGCGGUCAAACUCAGCGCCAGACUUCCACGCCAUGCUUAAUGACCAGUCACCCUUCCAAGCGUCUUCGAUUCACUUGCGUCAGCAUCUGAGCAUCUACGCCGCUUCCCAGGUGGAUUUCGCGGGCUCGGAAGUGCCACCACCCCCGCCUUCGCUGCCUCCUCCCGAACCGACGUCCACUAUCCCGAGACAGAAGGCGAGGGCGGCGAAAGACCGGAGGUUGCUCAGUAAUCUUUGGCUCAUGUCCUCCGCGACGUUCCGGAGACUGGGCAAGAUUGAGCAGGCGAGGGGUGCCAUACAAGAGGCGGAGGUGCGCGACGAGAACAAUCCUGCUGUUUGGGUGCAGCUCGGCCUGUACCACCUCGCUCUUGGCGAUGAUCGCCGUGCACUAGAAUGCUUCCAGAAGGCGCUAUUCAUCUCACCGAACGACGUCUCCGCCACCGUACACCUCUGUCGUAUCUACCUCGCCUCUGCACAGAACUGCACAAAAUCCAAGGAGCGUCUAGAGGCUGCCGAUCGCGACAAUGUGGACCUCGCUGUCGGCAUGCUAUCCGAGCUCACGAAGGGUGCGGCGUGGGACGUGCCUGAAGCGUGGUACUUCUUAGCAAAGAUGUACGCGCUGCAAGGGAGGAAGGACAGAGAACGGGAAUGCCUGUGCUUUGCGCUGACGCUUUCGGAGAACAGGCCGUUGAGGGAUAUUGGGACUGCCGUUGGGUGGUGUCUGUGAGCGACCUGGAGUCGAGUCGACAGAUGAGGAAACAGGUAUACCCGGAUUCGUAUGCAGAAGGACAGCUUGCUUCCCCGAGAUUAAUGCAUUACUAAUGAUGGCUGCGAAGUCACGUAUCGUAUUAAGACCAG